UCAAACCCAUCAAUACUCCAUCAAUUAACAGCUGUUGUAAGCAAAGAAUUUUCGACCGAGCUCAAAGAAAUGAAGCGCAUUGACGACAAGGAGGAAACGGUGACGUUCCGAGCGGUGAGCCGCGACAAGGAAGGCAGGAAGAAGAAGGUGGAGAAGAAGGAGGGGAACACCCACAAGAUAACCCUCAAGUACCAAGAGAAGAAGCUCAUGGACAAGGGCGUGCACCGCAUGGACCGCCACCCAGUCGACGGCUUGGGGGGCAUCGGCAAGCCCCCGCCGAAGUCCGGACACGGCGGGAAGUUCACGUGGGAGGGUCCCGACGACCUGGUGAAGACCGAGCUCUUGGGGGUGCCGCCGGCGAUCGACGAGAAGGACCCGAACUAUGUGAACGAGGAGAAGGAGGAGGAGACGAUUCUGAGGGGAGAGGACAGCGACGUGGCGGGGUUGGUUGUGGGGGAGGUGGAGGUGGCCAAGGUUGCUGAGGCUAGAAAGGGAGUUGCUAGGGUUGAGGUUGAUCCCCAGUUGACUGUUUGAGGAUUUGGAAACUUUUUCUUCUUUUUUGGUUAUUUCUGAAGUUUGAUGUGUUGUGGCUAGCUUUGAAUGUUUUGUUUUGUUUUGUUUCGUUUGUUUAGCAUGGGAAAUGGA